AUGCGGGCACGGUUUGACCUGGCCAACGUGGUGCUCACGGGCACCGUGGAGGAGAUCCUCAACGUGGACCCCGUGCACCACACGUACUCCUGCAAGGUGAGAGUCUGGCGCUACCUGAAAGGCAAAGACAUCGUCACUCACGAGAUCCUCUUGGAUGGUGGGAACAAAGUGGUGAUUGGCGGCUUUGGGGACCCGCUGAUCUGCGACAACCAAGUGUCCACGGGGGACACGCGGAUUUUCUUCGUGAACCCCGCUCCGCAGUACCUGUGGCCCGCGCACCGCAACGAGCUCAUGCUGAACUCCAGCCUCAUGCGGAUAACGCUGCGCAACCUGGAGGAGGUCGAGCACUGCGUGGAGGAACAUAGGAAGCUUCUUGCUGACAAGCCCAAUAGUUAUUUCACCCAGACGCAGCCGACGCCGCGAGAUGCGUGCCGAGGGAUGCUGUGCGGCUUCGGC